GGCAUCAUCAUUAGUCCUCGAUAACUCGACCCUCGACGUUGCCCCUGUCCCCCUGCCGUCCGACGCGGAGACGUGAAACAGGGCCAGACAGUUUUCUAAACGUACGUCGCGACCGACGCUAGCGUGCGGCCUUCGCGCGACGAGCCGAAUAAUUGCCGUAGAAACCAGCCUUGUGCCGCUGCUUGAGCCUCGAGGCUCUCCAACUCGAAGUCGAGCACCGUCUGCAAGGUGACCCCCCCGCCUCCGGCAACCAUCGGACGUACCGCACAUGGCUGCGGUGGUACGAUUGAUACCAGGCCGCACGGUCUUCUUCGUCUGCGAUAUACAGACACGCUUCCGCACGCUCAUACACGGCUUCGAUCAUGUCGUCGCAACGAGCGGCAAAAUGCUCAAACUAGCCAAGAUUAUGGAUGUCCCGGUCAUAGCUACGGAACAGAAUCCCCGUGUACUGGGGUCCACCGUGCCUGAGCUCGACACCGCACCGCUCGGGAGCCUCUACCUCGGAGCGUACGACAAGACGGCGUUCUCCAUGGCGAUACCUCCUAUCAUUGCACUGCUCAAGCAGCACGACUUCAAGUCGAUCGUGCUCUUCGGGAUCGAGUCCCACAUCUGCAUCCUGCAGUCCGCCUUCGACUUCCUCCAGCUCGGCUACGACGUGCACAUCCUCGCCGACGGCGUGUCCAGCUCGCGCCCAGAGGAGGUCCCGAUCGCGCUCGCGCGCAUGCGCCAGGCGGGCGCGCAGAUCACGACGAGCGAGAGUGCCGCGUUCGAAUUGCAGGCUGACGCCAACAAGCCGAACUUCAAGUUCUUCUCGCGGGUUAUCAAGGAGGAAGCGGAGAAUCGGGAGAAGGCACUUGAGGCACUUCUUGGCGGGUCCUCCAGCAAGCUAUGAUUCUUGUCUCGGAUUCGGGGAAGGCUGGGCUGGAAGGCUCCAUCACUAUGGGUGACAACCCCAUAAGCGCGCAUGAAGCGGGCUAUGGAUUCUAGCAAAGCUCUGCUCACUGCUUGCUAUGUAGAGCUGUAUUGGAUAGAAUACGG